GUUGAAUAAAUUGAACAGUGUAGGUGUAGGAGGUACUUCCAAAUAUCUUUAUCAAAUCUAAUUGUCAAAGUCAUUUCCCAUAUUAUGACAUUGACAAAUGACAUUGGUUAUCACAUCGUGUCGUGAAGUUUGGUUUCAUAUUUUCAUAUUUUUUAGGUAAAAUUGACUUAAUUUAUACAAUUAAAAUGUCUUUCAACUAUUUACUAGCCGCUACAAAACCCAAUGUAAUACUCAAAGAAUUCAUCCGUAAUGCCAGUAAAAAAACUGGUGGUAGUACUCAGAACAUAAAUUGUAAGGUGAAGCCGAAACACAGAGGAUGGAAAGUUCAGGACGGGCAUCAUGUCCAGGCCGGUCACAUGCUCGUCACACAGAGGACCACCCGUUUCCAUCCUGGAUUGAAUGUUGGUUUCGGACGCAACGGCACAUUAUUCGCCAUAGUUCCUGGUAAAGUUGUAGUGACAUGUGAGAAAUUUGACCCCAACUGGGAACACUCAUGGGUGCAGAGGAAUUACAAAGGAAAAGAACAACAGACUGUCUUCAAGAAGUAUUAUAAUGUUAUACCUGAACCUCAACACCAAAGAUUCAAGCUGGUUGAUGCACUAUGAUAGAUUUAGUUAUUCAAUAUUGUUAUGUAAUUAUGAUUGUUUUAGUAAAUAUGUAGUAUAAUUUAA